UUCACCUGGGCAACAAAACAAACGUUUGCAUGAUUACGAAUGUGGAAGGUACCAAUGAAAGAAUACGGACAGUUGACUAUAUGAUGCCGAGGUUUCUGUAGAUGGACUCCUAAGGACAGUAACACCAGUAGGUCAAUGGAGGAGACAAGGGUGAUUUUCAGCAAGAAAGGACUCAAGCAGAACGGCUACACAACACAUGAUGACGUAGACAACAAUUAUCAUGACGUAGACAACCAUUAUGAGGACUGGGAACGAGAGUACUACUCGGAUGAAGAUGACGUUUUCAUGGAGGGGCCGAAAAUGGACAGAGUCUCCGCAUCAAAACCACUCAUGCAUCCUCGACAGAGGCCAAAGGUCAAAAGCCGUACACCGAACUGUCGAUGUCGCAAACAGUUGAAGACGAUCACGUGUUUCUUAGUAAUUGUAUUAUCUUUAGGGUCGCUUAUGACAUUAAUAAUAUAUCUUUAUAACAAACAUCCGGAGAGAACGAAAGAUAAACAGGGACCGGAAAUAGAAUCACAAUCUGCUAAUAUACCGGACGUAAUAGGCUGUGAUUCUCUAAGUGUUGAGGAUGUCUGGGUGAUGGGGUUUCCAAAACUUAUCACAGAAUCUGCCUUCCGUUUAGUGGACGUAAACCAGGACGGUGUCCUUGACGUCAUCUUGGGAUUCGGUACAGGAGCUGACGGGUAUUACCUCCCAGACAUCGUAUGUGAUAUAUAUUUUAAUGGGACACACCCUUGUUUCGGUGGACUGAUGGCACUAGAGGGCGCCACUGGGCGCGAACUUUGGCGCCAUUAUUCGCCGCACGAGCUGUUUGGCGUGAAUUGUAACGCUGAUUUGAACAAGGACGGCGUUCUGGAUUGUUUGGCCGGCGGACGCGCAAAUGCCUUCCAGGCAGUCAGCGGACGGGAUGGCUCUCUGUUGUGGAACUUUGACUACGGCAAGGAGGACAUCAUGAACCUGUACACACCUCAGAUCAUCCGUGACCUCGACGGAGACGGAACAGUCGAUAUCCUCACCAUGCACGGGGGCGAUCCUCUACAGGAACCAGGAAGUAAAUAUAGACUAUCAGCACGAAUUAUAUUGUUCAGCGGAAGGACAGGACAGAUAAUAAAGAAAAUCGGCGUGCCUGAUUACCGCGAGUCAUAUUACUCCCCACAGCUGUACACGAUGGGUGACGGCACGGAUAUCGUUCUGUUUGGGACCGGUGGCGAGACACAUCCGGGUAGUUUGUGGAGCAUCACGCUAGACAAACUGUACCGCGGAGAUAUAAAAAGUUCCCGGCUAGUAUACACCGACAAGUUUAAGGGCAUUAUGACGCCGCCGGUUUUGUUGGACCUGACGGGAGAUGGUGUGGAUGAUAUCGUCAUGGCGAUGUUUAACUCUUCUGUGAUGGCGAUAGAUGGCACUACAUACAACGUGCUUUGGAACAGAACCUUUCCGUCGUCCGAAUCGUACAAUACACCAGCUCCCGGAUUCUAUAAUGCCGACAAUGUUCCGGACUUUAUGGUUAAGUACGCUCAUGGACCGGGAUUUCCUAUCUACUACCGAUCACAGACGACGAUACUGGACGGCCGGACGGGGAAACCCCUACUGGAACAGUCCUUGUGGGAUACUAUAGGGGCCCAGGCUUCCCCACUCACCGUCAGCAUGGAAGGAACCGGAAAUGACGUAUUCCUCUACUGGAUAUCGGACUGUCUGGGACACGAGGGAGAAGGCGGACAGUUUAAAUUUGUAGAGGGUACAAACGUUCACGAGCAGUCCCGGGCCGAUUUCUGUCGACUUCGAUUUAAAUCGCAGGGAUACAGUAAAAUUCUGGCCCUGAGUCGGAAUAUCAAAUCACCAGGAAAUACAGUGUAUUACUCCGACGAGCGGAAGGAAGUAGAAAAGAGUAAAUGGAUCAACACAUCCGCCGAGGCGCUGGAUUUUCUACGUUCACAUCCGGAACUGCUCCAGAGCUACUUGGACCUCCAGGAGGAAUCACGUCAGUCGGAGUUGGAAAGGCCGGUAAAUAAAUUCAAGGAUAUAGACACGGUCCGACAAACAGAAGGAGAGUAUGUAUAUAAUCCACCGUCCGCCCACGAACGAUUGACAACUUCAAAGAAAGGCCCACCGAUCAACUCCCCUUACAAACCAGCCUCGUUUCCAUCCGCUGGCGUCAGGGAACAGACCGGCAGUUAUAUGGACCCAACUCUAUAUGACGACAUCAGUGACGUCAUACAAAACGUUGCUAGUGAUGAUUAUACAGAUGAAUCAGAAUUACCUUACUAUCAGAAACCUUACCGAAAAAGCUACCCUGGGUAUGGCCGCCCGCGUUAUAGGUCACGUGGUCGUGUAAAUGAUGACCACGAGUCAAAUAGAAAACUGGAUAAAAUCGAACAUAUGAGGCAAAGACGAAUAACUAGAGAUAUCUUAAAUACAGAAUUCGAAAAGAAAUUAAAUCAUUUUAUUAAUUCUAAAAAAGUAGCAAAUUCUGAUAAAAGGAAAAAUAGUCAUCGGAAACGGAAACGGCGCCAUAUUGGACCACACGACGAAGAUGGCCUUCAGCGACUGUUGUCCACCGGAACACUUGCGCCAACAACUUUACCUCGAAACCACCCAGACUUUAACCAUUCCAUAGACUUGGUGUUCGCGACAUACUGGUUCUUUCCCGCCAAAACUCAGGUUAUUCUUCCAACGGACCAGAAAUGUAUCGACGACAGUAUGGCGAGGGAGAAGAUUAGAUUCAGCCCGACAAGUAAGUACUACGGGCUCGACCACGACAAAUACCAACAUGUGGUCACCCAGGAGUGUCUCCGGGCUUCCGGUCAUGCGCACUCAGACGACCAUUCACAAACUACAUUCCAGAGCCUGGAGACGUUCAAUCCCUACAAGAUCAACAUGGGUCAGAUGACAGUGUACAGGUUACGCCUGACGUGUAAGUGUAGCAGUGUACCUAACAACAGUACAACACAGCGAUGUGGCCGGACAUUACCGUUCGACCAGCAACAAUGGUCAGCCUACAUGGGAAGUAAAGGCGACAGUCACUGGAGACCUACAGACAGUAGGGUCUAAACAAACCGAACAGAAACUCGAGAUUUUAACACGGGAGGAGGGUCAGAACCAUGACUUGAGUUAUCUAAACCGGGAACUUAAUGUUGAAAGUAUAUAUGAAUAAAAAAUAUUUAAACGUAUAUUACACCUGUCAGACGGGACAUACUAACCCACGUGACCAUUGUACACCCGUCUGACAGGACAUAUUAACCCACCUGAUCAUUGUACACCUGUCUGACGGGACAUACUCACCCAUCUGAUCAUUGUACACCUGUCUGACGGGACAUACUAACCCAUCUGAUCAUUGUACACCUGUCUGACGGGACAUACUAGCCUACCUGAUCAUUGUACACCUGUCAGACGGGACAUACUAACCCACCUGAUCAUUAUACACCUGUCUGACGGGACAUACUAACCCAUCUGAUCAUUAUACACCUGACUGACGGGACAUACUAACCCACCUGAUCAUUAUACACCUGUCUGACGGGACAUACUAACCCACCUGAUCAUUAUACACCUGUCUGACGGGACAUACUAACCCACCUGCUCAUUGUACACCUGUCUGACGGGACAUACUAACCCAUCUGAUCAUUAUACACCUGUCUGACGAGACAUACUAACACACCUGAUCAUGGUACACCUGACUGACGGGACAUACUAACCCACCUGACCAUUAUACACCUGUCUGACGGGACAUACUAACCCACCUGACCAUUAUACACCUGUCUGACGGGACAUACUAACCCAGGUGAUCAUUAUACACCUGUCUGACGGGACAUACUAACCCACCUGAUCAUUAUACACCUGUCUGACGGGACAUACUAACCCACCUGAUCACCGUACACCUGUCUGACGGGACAUAUUAACCCACCUGAUCAUUAUACACCUGUCUGGCGGGACAUACUAACACACCUGGGUAUCGUUUCAUAAAGGUUCGUAGCUUACGAAUGAUCGUAAAUAUUUACGAAAAAGUUACGCAAAACUUACGAAUUUCGUAAGUGCGUUUCACAAAAGUGUUCGUAACUUUUUUCGUAUCUUACGUCAAAAUCAUACGUUCUCCCUGUAAAAAUAUACCACUCUCUAACUUGGAGGUAAAAAAGGACGACACUUCUGGGGUGAAAAUUGUACGCCGGUCCUCUUCCCGGGUCACGUACACAGACUAUGAACUUUAUUUUGUUCUAUCAAAACCGUAUUAUUGAUAGAAGAAUUUUUUUUCUUUAAAAUUCCAAUUCUUAUUGUUUAUCAUGCGUUUACCCAAACAGUUACAACGCAAUUUUGAUAGAUUUUGCUCAAUGCCCAAAGACAUACAUAAUGUUCUUAAAAUAGACCAUAUGUUGUCACAGUCUGCGAAUAUACGUACAAUUAGUUUCAUGACAAUCUGUAUUUUGCCGGCAUCCCUCCUCGACUUUCAAAACCCAGUUUCCACCUCGAAACAAUCGCUCACAAGGCAUAGUCGUUCUCUUAUGCUAAUUUGUAAAUGAGUACGACGUCAUUUUCUGUUCAAAAGGGCAUGCCUGCGCACGAUUUUAAAUUGUUUUCGUAAGUUACGCAAGGUUUUUGCGUAACUUACGAACAUUCGUAAGUUACGCAAGGUUUUUGCGUAACUUACGAACAUUCGUAAGUUGGGAGGUUUUUGUGAAACGCUUAGUUAUUCGUAAAUGUGACUUACGCAAAUUUCGUAAGUUACGAAGCUUUGUGAAACGAUACCCUGAUCAUUGUACACCUGUCUGACGGGACCUACUAACACACCUGAUCAUUGUACACCUGUCAGACGGGACAUACUAACCCAUCUGAUCAUUGUACACCUGACUGACGGGACAUACUAACACACCUGAUCAUGGUACACCUGUCUGACGGCACAUACUAACACACCUGAUCAUUGUACACCUGUCUGACGGCACAUACUAACACACCUGAUCAUUGUACACCUGUCUGACGAGACAUACUAACACACCUGAUCAUGGUACACCUGACUGACGGGACAUACUAACCCAUCUGAUCAUUGUACACCUGUCUGACGGGACAUACUAACCCACCUGAUCAUUAUACACCUGUCUGACGGGACCUACUAACCCACCUGAUCAUUGUACACCUGACUGACGGGAAAAACUAACCCACCUGAUCAUUAUACACCUGUCUGACGGGACAUACUAACCCACCUGAUCAUUGUACACCUGUCUCUCGGGGCAUAUUAACCCACGUGACAAUUGUACACCUGACUGACGGGACAUACUAGCCCACCUGAUCAUUGUACACCUGACUGACGGGACAUACUAGCCCACCUGAUCAUUGUACACCUGUCUGACGGGACAUAUUAACCCACGUGCGUGAAAUCUGCACUUGAUGUAGGAAACUAAUAUUUCCAGAUGCAUAUUGUUUGUUUAUCCUAAGGAAAUACGAUACGAUGAAAAAAUCAUGAAUUAUUAUUGCAGUCAUCCAAAAUAUUUUCCUUCUGCAGAAGCAUGAGUUAAUCCCCAUUGAUAUUUAUUAUGUUGCUCUGUCAUUUCCAUGGUAUCAUAGCGGGGCUUAACUCUACGUAGGUCUACUGUUUGAUUCGUCCCCUUUUUUACGGGUAAGAAAUUUUAAUGAAUGUUCAUAAUUACUCUUUCUAUAAGACUUGACACAAACACCCGAGACAAUGCUGCUGGAAAAUCUCUAAUGCGGUGUUCCACUCUCUAUAUGUAAAUGAGCUGCGGAAAAUGUCACACAUACAGCUCAGUUCAUUGUAACCUUGAGCUUAACCGCUCAAAAUACAUACACAGAAAUAAACAAUACCUGGUAAUAUUCACGCGUCAUUCUUUUUCACACACAAAUAAAUACACUGUAGAGACAUACUCUCGUUCUCAGGGUAUUCCUCGUUCCUUGUUACACCUCCCGAUUUCAAUAUCAAAUUUUCGAGAUGACAAUCUAAUUUACGCUAUUUCUUUUGUAUUUGUAGCACCUAUUGGUGAUUAUAAAUAUAGUUUAAUCAGACGUAUCUGUUGCUAAUGGGGAGAAAGUGGUGGGCAAGAGUAAUCAAUGACCUUCACACAACACCAACACACAUAUGACGUAAUAUCUAACGCUUAGGGUAGAGAAUGAUCAGAACACCAUAUUGUAAAUUAAUAAAUAUACCUUGACAAUUGCACUUUACAGAAUAAUUCUCGGCCUGUCGAUAUAAAGCAGACAUGUAUAUGCUACACCUCUACACACUUAUAUAUAGAUAUACACGUACGCCUCAUAUACAACUUAAAUUAUAGUCACCGCGACACAAAACUGUUAGACAAAAAUAAAAUAGGGUUUAGACGUGAAAAGCUACCAUGAAUGGACAGUGUGACUUGGAAGUUGGUAUGAACAAAAAAUCCUGUUUAUCAUCCGGAAAUGUAACACUAGGCGUUCAUGUUCUAACUAUCAAUGUUUAUCAUUUCCUUAACUCAUGAAUUGCUUAAGCUACUGAUUAGUUUUGAAUUAAAUGAACAUAAACCCACAAGAACAUAUAAGUUUAGCAUGACAAAAUCUUGCAUCUGAAAACGUAAACAAUAAAAAACCCUCAAGUGUCCAGUUAUGAUCAAGUCACGAAUUAUACCCGACAGUAUUUAAUUCACUAUUAAGAGAUAAAAGGCCCAUAUGGUCUUAAUCGCUCACCUGGAUAGGGAAGUUCUUACGAGGAAACAUUUCCACAGAAGAAAUCUUGUGAAGAAUUCCUACAUUUCCCCUAUUUUGCUCCGACCCUCACACCGCUUUAACCAGGGGAUAAACUAAUUGGUAUUUUAUGAGGAAAUAAAAAGUGUUACGAUCAUGAUGAACUUGUUUACGAAGAUUUUAUCAAUGACGUCACAGAGACUAAUGCAUAUUGUCUGUGUGCGAGGGUGUAAGCAAUUAUUCUAUAAAUAUAUAAAAUAAAAUAUUUAUUUUCAGA